AUGGAUCAUCAACUACGCGAACCUCUUCCCGUACCUCUUCCCAUUGUGUACAGCAACAAAACCGUCUUCCGACACUCCUUCUUAAAAUGGGUCAUCGACGAAGCCUUCAGUGGCAACCCCAGCUCCUUCAACGUGAUCAUUGAAGAGCCAAGCGAAGAUUGGUUGACGGACAAUUUCAUAGACGAGUUUGUCAGUGGUUGUCAAAUUGUAUGCAUCGACAAGCCUAAGCUAUACGAUAUAGCUGCUGAGCACUGGGACAACGACAUUUCGGUCCCUUUCGACUAUCGCAGAAAAAAGCUGUUUCACGACUUCUUCGGGCCUUCUGACACACCUGGCCCAGCGGUCAUAAUUCUUGCUUAUCGCUGGAUCUCAAACUUUGACUGUCCUUGGUACGAUCAGCAGGGUUACGCUAUCGAGUCUAUCAGCAAUUAA